GGUUCCCGUGUUUCCCAUGAUGCCGUGCCCGUUGGGCAAAUUCAAACAGUAGAAAAGAAAUGGAAGAGGAAUCGAGGAGAGGAGAGUUAGACUGUACAAACAUGACUGUCAUCACACAUAGCAACAUCAACGAAACUUCUAACAACAGCUACAAUAACACAAUUAUUCACACCGAUCAGUCUACAUCUCAGGAAGAAGAAUCAAAGGUUUCAUCUGAUGGAGAAAGGGAAUGGAACAUUUUGUGCCAUGUCGAUGAUCCUGAAUCCUCCACUAAAUCUAAGGUGGAAAAUUUGUGCUUGUUGGACUACAGUGGUGAGGUUGAGAGAGGCUCUUCAAAUUGCCAGCAGAUUGAUCCUUUGGCCAAUUCUUCUGGCAGUCAGAAGGAUUGUGAAUCUAGCGGAGUGUCUGCAAACCACAUUAAUGAUGAGGAAAUAUUCUGGAGAGCAAGAGAAGAAGGACAAGUGAAUGUUGUCUUUCCCGGCCAUAUCACCCAGGAUGGCUGCUGUAGAUUUGUUUGUGAGCUUCUUAAGUGUGUCCUUUACCAGCGGCAGCAGAUACCUAUGACAUAUGACCAAAUGGUGUUCCUCCAGAAACAGCAGCAUAAUGCCACUCAGGACAUGGUAAACCAACGGUCUACAAAGACAUCUGAGGGCUUGGACUGGCGUCGAUGCCAGCGGACAUUGCAGGAUCUAGAUGAAGUGCUGGCCCACCUUGAGGCAUUGUUCUCUCUUAGCCAAGUUCCUCGUGUGCUUUUCAUGCUGGGUGGGUCUACCGUCCUUCCCACCGAGCUGUAUGAGGUAAACAUGGAAGCGGUGGCCGUGGGAGCCGGGGAAAACUGCUUAAGGACUUCAACCUGUCUAAGACAGCUUUUCCGCACAUUGUUUGUGGCUGACCUGUUGUCGGAUGCCAAGUCUGUGCGCCUCAUGACUACCACGGUCAUGGCUCUGGGUCACCGGGAUUGUGGCGUGACCGGGUUUAAGCCCAAAGUGGAUUUUAAAGUCCCCACAAAAGUGAAAAGGCAAGUCAUCUCUAUAGCCAGUGAUUUGUCACUCACCGGGGAGUUACAAAAAAGUAAAACAGAUCUGGAGUACUAUAUAUGGUUUCAAGCCCCUGUCACUGUGAAAGGUUUCUGUAAAUGAUAAGGGAAUAAAGAGUAACAGAUUUCAGGGAAUGUUGAAAUACAAUUCACUCCAUUCUCAGGGAUCACAGCUGUAUGACUGGCCAAAAAGUAAAUGGGCUAUUGUUUUUUUAUUAUUAUUCAGGAAUUCUGUGUGAAUUUAAAUUUUUUUAAAACCUCAGAUUAUUUAUGCCAUGUUUACAUUGUCAUCUGCUAAUCCAUAUAUUUUACAUUAUUAACUUUUACAGUAUACAGUGGUGGUUUUCUAAUGUUUAAUAAUCUUGGAUGCUACUCACUCCAAGACCAUUUGUACUCAUUUGUAAUUCCUAUUAAUUAAAACCAAUUGCUAUAUGGCAGCUUCUGGAAA